AUGCAAGGACUUAGAUACCUAGUCGAAUUUCGCAGCCGUGUUACGCCCGCUGAACCUCUCUCAACUACUGAUCAUAAGCCCGGUGUCAAGGUCGACAGCGAUACUAUCUUCGAGUUCUAUAUGGAGAAAGAAAGCCAGCAUCCAACUAAUGCCACGGAUACUGUUGGCGAUACUACGUUCCAGGUAGUCCACACCGGUCUAGGAAAGCCCACCCAGGGCCAAUCAGGAGCUGAGCUACACGACGACCUGCAUCGCGAUCGAACUAGUCGACGGAAGAAAGAACAAGCUGGCUUGGAGGGCGUCGGGGAAAACACUGGUGACAGUUUGCGUCAGAAGGGGGCUGACUUGCCUGAAGGUGUAGGUAAGAGCACGAGCGGCAAGACCAGCCCCCGUUAUCCUGUUGCAUCAGAACGUAUUCCGACCAGCGCAGAAGAGGUAGCGACAGAGGGGCAUGUGCCAUAA